AUGAAGAUCAUUCUGCUUGUCACUCUGGGGGUUACCCUGUUCUGUCAGGGCUACAGCAACACCCUGGACACCUGGGUCCAGGGUCGCUGUGGCUGGGCUGGGCAGACCAACAAAAGCUGUUAAUGUAACACAGCCUGUGAGCGCUAUGGAGAAUGUUGCUCUAACUAUGAAAGCUUCUGCAAAGGUGGCUCCACAUCCUGCAAGGGCCGUUGUGACGAGAAGUACAACUCUCAGAACAAGUGCCACUGCAACUCGAAGUGCUCCCAGUAUGACAACUGCUGCAAUGACUAUGCAGCCCUCUGUAAUGGUGAGAGGGUACUGUGGCAUUCUGAUCUGGAGUCUCUGUCUAAAGCUCUGUAUGCUCUGGACUCCAACAAGCCCUCUGCGUCAGAGCUGAUCAUUGACUCCCAGGCCAGAGUGCCCAUCUCCCAGACCUGCUCCCAGAACGACCUUUGUUCUCUUAUUCCUCUCUUCCUCUGUCUCUUAUGUUAUUUUUUUCUCUCUCACUAUAUCUUCAUCCCUCUUUCUGUCACUGUCCAACCUCCCCCUUCUCUCUGCCCCUUGCUCUAUUUCUUUCUCUCUCUGCUGUUCCAGUUCCUGGACGAGGCAUCUCUGUUCUCCAAGCCGUCAUAUGUUAGAGGGCCUCCCGAGUGGCGCAGCGGCGUCACCACAGACCCAGGUUCGCCUGUUCAUACCGCUAUCAUCCAGAAGUGGACUUCCUACCCUGAUGUUCUUGGGAUGCAGUUUAUGUGGGAUGGCUAUUUUAAGCAGGUUGGUUCUGCCAUCAUUGGCUGCAGUUCUGAGUUUGACUUGGCCAAGUACAGUCUUUGCUACAUCACCUGUCCAGGGAAACAGUGUAAACAGAGCCUGGGAGGGAAGCCACUGGUGAUCCAGACCUACACCUGGGAAAACUCCUCCUAUGGGAAUGGGAAGAAGUACAUCGGCUCCGCCUUCCCUGCCACGCCCUAGAACUGAAGCACACAGCAGCCACUCAGCAUUCAACAAGCUAGCAACAGUCUGCCAAUCACAUCCUGCAUCAAACUCAACAAUGUCCAAUCUUAGUCCUGAUACAUAAGAGCAUUUCAUUAUUUGUAUUUGUAAAUGGGUUACAUUUUUGUAAAUGGGACAAUUCAUGUAUGAAUGUUUUGCGCUCACUAUAAAUGUAUCGCAGACAUUCAGCAUUUAGAUUGAUAUUUGAAGGCAAAUUUCAUGCGUCAGCGGAGACUGCAUUUUGUAAACACUGUAUAUAUCUGCUCAAUCGGAAAUUACAUUGGCAUUUCUAUUGCGCAAUCUAUAGCUUCAGCAAUACAGAUUGAAUAUAGCCCUUAGUCAAGCAAUGAAGAAAUCUGCAGGGUAUGAGAAUCCCAUGCACUCCUGAGGGCAUGAUCAAACUAUGCCCAACGGGGCUGAAAAUUGGCAUUUACACGCUCCUAUAGCGGGCACAUGGGG